AUGAUGAUGGUGAUGGUGGUGACGGUAUCGAUGGCACUACCGAUGGCACUACCGACGGCCCUGAUGGCCGUGUGGGCGAUGCAAGGGACCGCCCAGCCCAGCCUUGGAGGCACCAUGACGGCCGUCAUCGAGUGCGAAGAAAGGCCGAUCACGGCUCUCGCGUUAGCACAAGUGAGGGUGGGAUUCUCCCUGCCGGAGAAGAGGGAGUCGGGGUCGGAGUUGGAGAUGGCAACGAAGGGGGUGGUUUUGGAGACGAAGGAGAUGGUUUCGGAGAAGACGGAGAGGGUUUCGGGGAAGAUGGAGAUGGUGUCGGAGAUCACGUAG